CUGGCGACUAGUAGACUUUUUACUCUGCUUCUUCUUCCCGGAAGCUUCUCGUCGUCGUCGGGAGGCGCCUCGCCGUCCCCUCGCUCCAGCCGCCGCCGCUCUGAGCAGCGUGCGCCCGAUAUGGCGGCCAACGUUGGGGAGUCCACGAGCAGCAGCAGCGUGGUGGGUGACGGCGGGGGCAGCUUUGAGUGCAACAUAUGCUUUGAGCUGCCGCAGGAGCCCAUCGUGACGCUCUGCGGGCACCUCUUCUGCUGGCCAUGCCUAUACAAGUGGCUGCACAUCCACUCGCACUCCCCCGAGUGCCCCGUCUGCAAGGCCGUCGUUGAGGAGGAAAAGCUUGUCCCGCUCUACGGCCGCGGCAAAGACCGCGUUGACCCAAGGUCCAAGAACGUGCCCGGGGCAGCCGAUAUCCCCCACCGGCCGACUGGACAGAGGCCUGCCACGGCCCCACAGGCUGAUCCUAACAACCACUUCCCCAACGCGAACCCGAACCCGUGGUUCAUGGGCGGAGGCGGCGGCGUCCCGCUUGCCAACGCGAGGUGGGGAAAUUACACAUUCUCUGCCGCGUUCGGUGGUCUGUUCCCACUGCUCAGCUUCCAGGUGCAUGGGUUCCCGGACGCGACCGCGUAUGGGCAGCCAGCAGGGUUCCCCUAUGGAUACGGCCAUGGUCAUGGCCACGGGCAUGCUUUCCAUGGAGGGCAUGCAGGACACGCCCACGCUGGUCCCAGGCAUGGGCCGCACGGGCAACAACAGCAGCAGGCAGACGUGUAUCUCAAGGCGCUGCUCAUCCUGGUCGGCUUCCUUGUUAUCGCCAGCCUCAUCACCUUCUAGGUCUGUCGAUUUUCAUUCUUGUCACGGCCAUAAUAAGAGAAACGAUUGUCGCGAUACUCGCUGAUGUUGUGUGCAUUAUAUUUAUAUAUGCCCCCCAUAGGAGCCCUGAUCUGAAUCGAGUGGUGCGUUUGAGCGAAUUGUUGAUAGGACUCCUGUAUAUAUUAUUUAGAUGGGGCCCUAUGGGUGUCUGUUUACUGUAGUUUUGUGCCGAUUCAUGAAAGAUUUGGAGCUCUGUUUUAUGUAUCAAAACAAUUGUGUCAUGUAUAAUUUUUAUUUGACUGCCCAUGUGAGUGGGAUGUGCAAGUCAUGUAUCUUUUUUCCUGUGCUCUAUGUAAGAUGCUUGCAAGUAGUCAUGUCUGUGCCAAAACAAUUGUAUCAUGUAUAAUUUUGAUUUUGACUGUCAAA